UUUAUUUUUACUUCAGAAAUUAGUCUACUAAAAAGUUCAAUUGUGAUAUUAUCAUGUCAAAACGUCGAAAGAAUAUUGUUUCAGACAGUGACGAAAGUGAUGGUGAAAUCAGCAGUGAUCCAGUAGCUGCCAAGAGGCAACGAAAAGGAAGUAGCAGCAGUGGGCCGCAACAGGACUCACCAGCCAAAAAAAUGUCAUCUUCGAGUGAUAGUUCUGAUACAUCUGAUAAUGAUGACGAAUGGACUGUCAGUGCGCGUUCAAAAAAAUCCAAAACAAAGAAGAAAACAAAAUCUAAAGGUAGCAAGAAAGAAAAAGGUAAAGUGGUUUCUGAUGAGUCAAAUUCUGAAGAUGAUAGUGAUGCAAAUGCUGCGGAUAACUCUCCGGAAGAGGGAGAAAUCAGCUCAAGUGGCGCAGAAUCGAGUGGUGGAUCCUCUGGUGAAUUUGACGAGGAAGAACUGAGAAAACAGUUUGAUGAUGGCUAUGAUGAAGAAUUGGUUGGGGAUGAUGAUGACCGCAGAGCACUCGAAAAUAUGACUGAAAAAGAAAGAGAACAAGAGUUAUAUAACAGACUUGAAAGACGUGAAGCUUUGCAGAAACGAUUCGAAAUUGAGAAAAAAUUAAGACUUGCAAAGCUACAAGAUGGGAAAUUGAAGAAGAAAAAAUUGACCAAAAAGAAGAGCGGUAGUGUGGAAAAAAAGAAGGAAUCUAAGAGCAGUAACGACCCGUUUGCCGCAAUGCGAAGUGAUCGUCGUCAAAAGAUGGAGGAUAAAAAGGAAAGAAAAACUUUGGAAAGUUUCAAAGCUGAAAGAGAACGGAAAAAACUUAGAGCAGAGGAAAUCGCAAAGAAGAGAAAGUUAAAAUUGAGUGAAGUAUAUACUGAUGAUGAGGAAGAUGAUGAUGAUAUUAAAGAUGAAUCAACAUCAAAACCUCGGACUACAGCGUUGGGCUCAUCUAGUGACUCUGACACAUCAUUAAGUGACAGUGAAGGAAGUAGUCGUGGGAGAUCACCAAGUUCAGAUGUUGAGCGGCAGUCAAAAGGAUCACAAGAAAUUGAGUCUGUUGCGGAGCUUCAAAAAAUCAGACUUUCUAGAUACAAACUGGGCCGAUGGCUCUUAUUACCUUUUUUUAAAGAAACCAUCGCAGGUUGUUUUGUAAGAAUUGGCAUUGGAAACAACAACGGCCGUCCUGUAUACAGGGUUGCUGAGAUAAUGGAUGUUGUAGAAACUGCCAAAGUCUAUCAGCUAGAUAAACUGAGAACAAAUAGAGGUCUUAGACUCAGACAUGGCCAACAAGAAAGAGUGUUUCGACUUGAGUUUGUCUCAAAUUCUGAUUUUACCGAAAAUGAAUUUUUUAAAUGGAAAGAGACUAUGAGACUUGCCGGAUUGCAGUUGCCAACUUUGGAUGAAGUGAAAAGCCGUUUGGGAAAAAUUCAGAAAGCAUUGAAAUACAAUAUACAAGAAAAAGAUAUUGAUGGCAUGAUCAAGGAAAAGAAAAGAUUUCAACGAAAUCCAACAAAUUAUGCAAUGCAGAAAACUCUUUUGCUCAAGCAUCGAGAGAUGGCUGAACAAACAGGAGAUCAAGAAGAACAAGCUAAGGUCGGACAAGAACUUGAAGAAUUGGAAGAUAGGGCUAAAAGUCUUGAUAAAAAAAGACAAGAAAAUAUUGCAGGUAUUACAUACAUCAAUGAAAGGAUCAAGAGUUCUAAUCUUGAAAAGGAGAAAGCCUGUAUAGAAGAAUGGAAAAAUAUUCGCACAAAGACAGCUGAUCCUUUCACCAGGCGUCGCUGCAAACCAGUGCUAGUUUCAAACGCAGAGGACUCAGAUCAAACUCAACGCCUAAUAAAGGAAAUGGAACGGAGAUACGGCGGUGGUGUUGACAAGUCAUACGAAGCUCCAAAACGGGGAGGAAACAAAGAAAAAUCCGAUGAAGGCACUUCAAAAACUGAUGCAAGUCUGUUUGAUGCUCAUAAUUUUGACAUCAAAAUUGAUUUGCAAAUUUCAAAUUCAGAUGUUCACCCUCUUGCAGCACCGAAGGCCAUGAGUUUAUCUUCAUCAGUAUCCAUUCCAAAACGGUCAUUGAAUUUAGAGGACUAUAAGAAGCGCAAAGGUUUGAUAUGAUGCUGUAUCAGAACCAGUGCGGCUACUUUUGAUUCUGUAUUCUUGUGUUGUCUGUCUGACCUGUUGUUACUCAGUAUCAUGCUAGUAAUAUUUUAAUGUUUGAACUGUUACCAAUUUGCACAUGUCAGAUUUACAACUCCAGACGACAGAGAAGAUUCAUCAUUUCUAUUGAUCUCUCAGAACGAAAAAGCCCUCAUUUGCUGUGUUUUUAAAUAGUAAUAAGCGUAUAAAUAAUGAUUUACUCAUGGAAAUAUAUUCACCCUGCCCCGACUGACAUUAGCUAGUCACUAUUUGUAUCAUGUUGAAAUACUGGAACUGAAAAAAACUUUAUUUCACAUGCAAUAAACUAUUCAUAUUUUUA